UAUCUCACUCUCUCUCUCUCUCUCUCUCUCUCUCUCUCUCUACACAAAUAUCUCAGCUCGCUUCUUUAUAUAUAUCUCUCUUUAUACAUAUCUCCAAUCAAGUUAGGGUUUUUCCGAAUUUACGUAAGCAUGAUUUCUGAUUCGAUACAUAACGCUUCAAUGCCUUUGGCUUCAUCUAACACCAAAGAUUAUGCCAAGAAAAGAAGGGUUAAUCGGUCUGCAAAAUUGAAGCAGUGCAAACUUGAUGCUCGUCGCGACCAGUGGCUAUCUCACGCGAAGAAUAACGGCGUCUGUACGGAAGAAGUGAGUGGUGGUGGAGGGACACGUGGUGUGCCAUCAGCGCAUUUGGACAAUGAAAGGGGCCGCCUACCAACUGAGAAGCUAGAAAUAAAGCCAACAAGUGUGGAGGAGAAUUAUGGAGAUGGAUCGUCGAUGCAUCAUUACAAUGAUUUGGAGUCAUCUCCAGCAAACAGCCUCAGCAGCUACACCAGUGUGUUGUGCAGUAACGAUUCAGGAAUCAAUUUUACUGGGAGUGGUAGAUGCAGCAGCCAAAGCAGCAUUGGUAGUACUAAUGGAUGUUUUUCAGGUAGCAUGAGUGAAGACAACGAGGGGGAUGAUUGGGAGGCUGUGGCCGAUGCAUUGGCUGCUACCAAUGACAAGCAGAAAGAGCAUAGCCUGGAGUCAAUAUCAGAUUCUCUGGUUCUGGAGAAACAUGUAAUUGCUGCCCAAUCUGAUUCUAGGUCAGAAAUAUCAAACCUGUCAGAUUCGGGAGUUGAAAUUACAGAGUCAAAUCCAGAGAGUGAGGGAGAUGCAACACAUAGUUCUCUGGUAAAUUGUCGGGCAUGGCGCCCUAAUGAUGCUUUUCGUCCUCGGGGCCUGCCUAGUUUAUCGAAGCAGCAUAGUUUCCCCUUGAAUUCAGAGCUCCAAUUUGGUCGUGUAGCUUCUGUUUGGGGAUGUAAGAUUGUUCAGCCAGUCCCCACAUCUUGUCCAAUAUGCUGCGAGGACUUGGACUUCACAGACUCGACGUUUAUCCCAUGUUCCUGUGGGUUCCGGCUCUGCCUUUUCUGUCACAAGAGGAUUCUCGAGGAGGAUGGGCGUUGUCCAGGCUGCAGGAACAAGUAUGAUUGUGAGCCUGUUGAGGGAGAGGAAACUUUAGAUGGAGGCAGCUUGACGUUUCGAUUGGCUCGUUCUUGUAGCAUGAUAUUAAGGUCUUAGAAAGAUUCUCUGUUUGCCUCGAAAUUGUGUGUUGGGAUUCUCUUUUUCUUAGUGCAUCUUAGGGCGUUUUUACCAUUAGAUACUGAUUUUCACUGCCUUAGAUGUUGCUUUAGAUAUGUGAUUCUGACGCACAGGGGAGUGAAUCUAGUUUCUUACGAAUUUGUACCAUAAGUUUUUUUAUGGUGCUUAUGUGUAGUAGGCUAGCUAUGUGAAUAGACAAGGUGGUAUAAAAAUUGAACACACUAAAUUUGGUUAAUUGGAAUUUAGUGUUUCUUGUUAAA